GACUGAUUGUGACAAACUUUAAAAGUUCUAUAAAAAGAGGUUACUAUCUAGCAAGAAAUGUAAAUUUAUAAUAACCAAGAACAUAUUGUAUCUUCUAACGGUGCGAUCUCAAUGUCAUAUAUAUAUUCACAGCGUCACUUGUCUCUACGAAGAAGGGCUACCAUAGCGAAUUCUUUAACCCUCUCCAAGAUAUGGUAUUGCUUGCGAUCAGUCUGGGUUCCUUUGGCCUUUUUUCGACGAUUACAAGUUAUUGUUUGUUAGUUUGUUUGGAAAGACUGCAAGCCCAAAAUUCACUAUGCAACACUAUGCCAGCCAUUGAAAAAGGUGGUUUAGGGCUGCUGGAUCCUUAUGUCCAGUAUGGUGUAUUGCAAUAUAGAUGGAUCUUUUGAUUUAAGUAGAUCAUCUUAUUGUAGCAAUUUGUUACGAAUACAUCUAUCGCUUGUUUCUGGCUCUACAGUGACUUGGCCAUUGCAUAUUUUCAAUGCUCGUCUACGAAAUAGUCUUUAUUGCAAGCCACUUGAUGUAUUACAAGCCAUUUUACGAACUUUUGUUCCUUUUUACACUGGAAAUGUAGAGAGUAUCAAAUGCUCUAUUACUACUACCUUGCUGUUGCCCUUGCAUAUUGCUUUUCAAAGCCUACCAGAUGAUUAUUGGGUUAACCAGACUUGGCAUCGUCAACCGCGAAUUGGUCAAUUCUUCAAAUAUGAUGAAGAUCUGGGCUGCCUACGUCCAAUGUUGCAAACAGAUAAUCCUGACUUCCCUUACCUGCCUCAAAGGCUACUCAGGGACAUUCAAAGACGUUAGAUACAUCUCAAUGAUUCAAUUUGGCACCAUAUCAUAAAUCAAGACCAUUCUUGUGAUGACAUUG